AUGACGUCUAUUGUCACUUCACUCGCCGUUCCUUCCACAUACCGUGACCAGCAAUAUCAGGGAUCUUCAAACCAAUUCCGCGACGAUCUAUCAACAACAGCAACCCUGUACGUUGGCAAUCUCUCAUUCUAUACAACCGAAGAACAGAUCUAUGAACUCUUUUCAAAAUGCGGUGAAAUCAAGCGUAUUAUCAUGGGUCUGGAUCGUAACAACAAGACUCCUUGUGGUUUUUGCUUUGUCGAAUACUAUCAUCGUGCAGAUGCACUUGAUUGCAUGAAAUACAUCAAUGGCACCAAGUUGGAUGAACGAAUUAUUCGCUGUGAUUUGGAUCCUGGAUUCAAGGAAGGUCGACAAUUUGGACGUGGUCGAAGUGGUGGUCAAGUGCGUGAUGAGUAUCGUACCGAAUUUGAUGCAGGUCGUGGUGGAUGGGGUCAUCGCAUGCGUUUGGCUUUGGAGCGCGAGCGUGAACAAAAACUCAAGGCAACCUAUGAACCCAUCAAGGACAUUCCACAGGGUGCAGAUGAAUACAAAAGUCGACAACAGGAUAUGGCGUCACGUAAACGUGAUCGAGAUGACGAUGUGGAUGGUGAGCGCAGUAAACGAACAAAGGAACAGAAUCCACGAUUUCGCGAGCACGAUGAAGAUGAUGACGAGGAGUAA